AUGUUCCUUAAGGAUCUUUGUGCAUCUAAAAAGAAAUUGAAAGGAAACCAAAUCAUAAAAGUUGGGGAAAAUGUAUACGCAGUUUUGCAAAAGAGGAUGCCCCCGAAGUGUAAUGAUCCCGGUGUCUUUACCGUGCCAUGCAAAUUGGGGAAUCUUUAUGUACCUCGAGCCAAGCUCUACCAAGGUGGAUCCAUAAAUGUCCUACCAUAUUCUAUUUUUAAAUCAAUUGGUGUAGGAAUAUUGAGCAAAAACGGUGUGAUCAUCCAACUUACCGACAGGUCUUUGGUACAUCCAAAAGGUGUAUUAGAGGACGUGUUAGUGCAAGUUGAUGAAUUUGUUUUCCCGGCUGAUUUUUAUGUCUUAGAUAUGGGAGAUGAUGACUCUCCAAGUUCAAGUUCCAUACUUUUGGGUAGACCUUUUCUUAAAAAUUUUAAAACAAAAAUUGAUGUCUACAACGGAACUUUAAGUAUGGAAUUUGAUGGUGAAGUUAUCAACUUCAAUGUUCACGAAGCAAAAAAGGUUACUUCCGAUGUUCAAUCCGUCAAUCUUGUGAAUUUGAUCCAGCCCUCAACUAGAAAGGACAGGAACAAAGCCAAAGACAUUGCAAAGGAGUUCGAUAUGAAUAAUAAAGUGCUGGAGAUUUUGGAGUUUAUUGAUGACAAGAAGCAUAUGAGGAUUGAUGAUAUGAAACCCAAGCCACUUACUACCAAAGCCAAAUUACUUCCACCGGUGGAACAAGCACAAGAUUCAGGAGCAAAAACUCUACCGGACCCUUUAAAGAUAAUACAUGUCGAGAAGGAGAGCACUCAAUUGGUCAUCAACUCAAAUAAACUAUCAAAGAAGGAAGAGAAUGAGUUAAUAACCCUGCUGAACAAAUACCAAAGAAGGAUUGAGUGGAAAAUCUCCAAUAUUAAAGAUUUAAGUCCCUUUUGGUUUGUGCGCAAAAAGAAAGCCAAAGGAAGGUUGAAGAUUCCAUUGAAGGAGGUGACGAGAAGAGGCGAACACGGGCCAUGCCCAUUUUGGCUUGAAAUCAACACGGGCCGUGUUCAAGGUCCAAUGCCCUUUCCAACCUUUUUUGUUGAACACGGGUCGUGCAAGCUUGGGGAGGUUGAAGAGGAGGUCCCCACCAACUGCAAGGCUCCAAGAACAAUUCGGUAA